GACGAAGUCAAUCUGUUCGGGUUGCUCGUCGUGGAAGGUUCGUUGCGCGCGCGGAAAAACUAAAUAAAAUCUCGAGGCGAAAUUCGAGCGGAAAAGCGCUACAAACUAAGGCGAGUGCAUUUCCUCGACCUGCGAACGGUGCCGGUGCCUAAGGUUGCCAAGAAGCUUAGCAAUUAAAUCUAUUUUCGCCGACAUAAAAACACAAAAUCGUGGCAGUAAAUAAAAAACAAAAAACACAAUCGCUGGCAAAUCAAUUGCUUUAAGAAAUCGAGUACUAUUCGGUGUUAUGUCAUGGAAAGUCUCUGAGCAAUUUUCUUGGCUAAGUUACGAAAAUAUUAGUGUGCAAUUUUGCGACCUUUUCUAAACUAAACAAAAAAAAAAAAAAGAAAAACGAAAUAGAAAAGCUAGACACGCGCUCUCUCCUCAAAACACCAACACCCACAACCACUACCACCACCACCACCCACCAUCCCACGUUUACUACCACUUUUAUUGCUCACGCGUGUUUUUUGGGGCCUUUUGUUUGUGUGUGCGCUAUCGUGUGUGUGUGUGUGUGUGUCUCAGUGUGUGUGCGUGUUAGCCGGCAAGUGCAUUCGUGUGUGUGUUGCCGCGAACAGCUGUUUCCCCGCAGACAGCCAGCAUGCAGAAGUAAAUACGAAAAUCUCGCAAAAAGAUAAAUAAAGUGGUGAAAAUAAUUCCGAUUACCGGCUAAAACGAAGAAAAAAUUAUAUAAAAAAAAAAUCACAGAAAAAUCUGAUUUAGCCCCAUCAUCAUCCGCUGUGCAGAAAUCAUCCAUCAAAAUGGCGGCCAGGAGCAUCCGGCUAGCGCAGCUUUUGCUAUUUACCCUGCUCUGCGGCUUUGUCAGCCUGUCAGCCGCCAAGCACCUGGACAUGGAUGGUGGCGUCCACCACCAUCAGCAUCACCAGCACAGCGCCACCACGCACCAUCGACGCCGCCUGCAGCGGGACUCGCGGGCAAAGGACGCGGCAGGCGGACCGACCCACCAGUGCGAUGCCGUCAAGAGUUACUUCGAAUCGAUCGACAUCAAGUCGAGUGGGAUUUACAGCGAAAAAGGCGCCGUUUGCGGUGGAAGCUGCUGCAACAAUGCCACCGAGCUGGAGCUGCGUGACAAAGCCGCCGGAAUGUUUGAGCAACUGCUGCACCACCACACCAGCAGUCUGCGCGGAGUCCUCGAAACGAAUGCCAAACAAUUUCAAAGUCACGUCCUGGAAUUGGCGCAGAUUUCGGAAAACAAUACCCAUUCCCUUUUCUCGAAGGUCUACGCUCGCAUGGUACCGCAAUCCCGGAUGAUGAUCCAACAGUUGUACACCGAAAUCAUGAACCAUCUGAUUUACACCUCAAACUACACGAACAGCAAUGGCCAGAUGGGCAGGCGGGGUAUGGGUAGUGUCCAGAGCAACUUGGAGGAGGCUGUAAGGCGUUUCUUUGUCCAACUCUUUCCGGUGGCCUACCAUCAGGUGGUUCAUCUGUCCAAGAGCAACCUGGGUGAUUUGCACGAAGACUAUGUGAACUGUCUCCAGCACAACUUCGAUGAGAUGCAUCCAUUUGGGGAUAUUCCACGGCAAAUGCAGACCAGUUUGGGCAAGAGUGUUCACAUGUCCAAUGUCUUUAUGAAUGCCCUGCUCCAGGCAGCCGAGGUCCUAAGCGAAGCUGAUGCCCUUUAUGGCGAGCAAUUGACGGACACGUGCAAGCUGCAGCUCCUUAAGAUGCACUACUGCCCCAACUGCAAUGGACACCACUCCAGUUCGAGGAGCGAAACGAAAUUGUGCUACGGCUAUUGCAAAAACGUGAUGCGCGGUUGCUCGGCGGAAUAUGCUGGUUUAUUGGACAGUCCCUGGUCGAGUGUGGUGGAUGCACUGAAUAACCUAGUGACCACCCACAUACUCUCGGAGAACGGCAUCAUCACGGUCAUCAAACACCUACAGAACUAUUGCUCAGAUGCAAUCAUGGCGGCCAUGAACAAUGGCCCUGAUUUGGAGAUGAAGGUGCAGAAGACGUGCGGCACGCCCAGCUUGACGCCCUAUUCAUCCGGAGAGCCGGAUGCGCGGCCUCCGCCCCAUAAGAACAACAUGAAGUGGGCCACUGACCCGGAUCCGGGCAUGGUCCUCUUCCUCUCCACCAUUGACAAGAGCAAGGAGUUCUACACGACCAUCGUGGACAACUUCUGUGACGAGCAGCACUCUCGCGAGGAUCACUCCUGCUGGACAGGCGAUCGCAUCGGGGACUACACCCAGCUGCUGAUUAGCCCGGGAACUGAUAACCAGCGUUAUAACCCCGAGGUGCCCUUCAAUUCGAAGACUCAGGCCAGCCAGUUGAACGAGCUGGUCGACAAGCUCAUCAAGAUCCGCAAGAGCAUCGGAGCUGCGGCACCUUCCAGUAGCAUACAAGCGUCGCAUGACAUCCAAAAUGAUAUGGGUGAGGGCUCUGGUGGCGGAGAGGGCCAAAUUGGCGACGACGAGGAGGAGUAUGGUGGUGCACAUGGAUCCGGAGAUGGUUCCGGUGAUGGACCCCACAUGCCCAUCGAGGAGACCGAAGGCACCACGACCAACGAAGUGGAGUCGCGCGACAGCGGCAAGUCUAGAGGGUCCAACCCUCUGGAGGUUACCACGACGUGGAUGCUCCUCACUCUAGUCACAAUGCUCUUCAGUAGUUGUAGUUAAGGAUUCUGCCCCCGACCCGAGGGAUUGAAUUCAAAAAGUAAAAUGUGGCCCACUGUACGAGGGAAAGGAUUGAUGAAGCCACAUACACACACAACAAGAGCAACAGCAAAUGCACAAGAAUCGAGUUAAAUCAUUAAUUAAUAACUAUUAUCAUUAUUAUUAUUAUUAUUAUUUGUGUAAUUCUUAAGUUGUUACAAGUAAUUUAUUAGGCCCUAAGCGCAUUCAUCUAGCAAUCGACUAACAAUUUACACACCACAAUCGAAACUUGAAACCUUGAAAGUUAAAGGGUGAAACUUGAAACUUGAAGCGCACCUCUCUCCUUCUAGCUUUUCCAAAUUUAAAGCUCAUCGAAUUUCCAUGCCGAAUCCAACUAGAAUCCAACUUGUGUGCCAUAUAAAUAUGUUGGAUGUCUGCAUACGAAUUGAGCAAUUGCUAAAAAUAUAACUAUAUACGAAAGCUAAACAGAAAACAGAAUAGGCUCAAACUCAAAGCAGAACCCUUUCCAUAGAGUGUGCAGUUUGUUCAGAUACAUGUUAAUAAUAUAUACAUAUAUAUUAUAUAUAUAUAUAUAGCGUACAGUACAUAAAGCUCAAUGUUCAAAGCAAGUUGUUCCUUUUCGGUGUAAUUAAAGCAGAAAGAUAUAAAUCAGAGGCGUGGCAGCACAUUCAAUGGCUAGUUAUUUGGAGCUAUCACAAAAUAUAAUACGUAAAGGAUAAAGGAUAUAAAUCUGUUAGCUGUAGCUCAGUGAAUGUUAAACUUUAACAAAAUUAUUGUUGUCUACACCUUUCGAACUGAACGAAUACGAACAAUUUAGAAAUUGAUUAAUUGGGUAAUCGACGCGAAAUGCAUACGAAUGGAAUUUAGUUGAGUAAAACGCACUUUACGGAAAAACUAGAAGACUUACAGCUUUAUACGCAAAAAAAAAAAAAAAAAAAAACGAAGCGAGACGGAAAUCGAUGAAAAUCUAUUGAUAUAUAUACGUAUAUUAUAUGUAGCAUUAUUUAAAUUAUAUGAACAAAGAGAGGAGAAGAGGAAAAGAAAUGUCAUAAAAUGCAUUCAGCUAAUUGAGCACUUGGAAAAAUCUUGGAGAGAAAGUGCGGAAAAUGCAGAGUUCAGCGCACAAAUCACAGUUCGCAAUUCGCAAAUUUGCAAUUCGCAAUCUGCAAUUUCAAAACGAAACUAUUGUUGCAAUCUAACGGAUACUUUACAGUGGGGCAGAGCGCUGCUGAAUCAAAUCCAGAGAGCAGCGCUGGCGACACUCUAAAAAAACACAAAUAAAAUUAUAUAUAUACAAAUGAAUAUGAAAUAUGCAUUGAUACGAGUACGACGCCAGCGAUAAGAAUGAAGUCUAUAUAUAAAUAAAUAUAUAUAUAUAUACACAUAAAUGAAUUAACUAAUUAAAUCGUAAUUAUAUGCUAGUGCGUAAGCUGUAACGAUUAGCCCGUAAUGUGUAAAAAGCAAAAAAGUUGACGGAGAACAACAAAUUUAGUUAGUAGCAAAUUAACAAAGGAAACGCCAACUGCCGCCGCACACAUCAGAAUUGGCAUAUUAUAUCGCAUAUUAAUAUAUAUAUAUAUAUAUAUACACGACAAUCCGAUCGACGAUUAGAUCGGAUUAGAUUUGUGUGACGGCGCGCUGGUUGAACUAUGUAUAAUUAUUAUUUGUAUCAUUAUUAUUUAACUAUUGCAUGUGAUUAAUAAUAUUUAAGUUAAACGUAAACGCAACAUAUUAAAUUGUAACUUAUGUAUACCGCAAAACAAGAGUCGCACAUUGCGCGAGCAAAAAUCAUCGUUGUAAAUCGGAAGAUAAUUCGGAGAUAACCAUUGCGAAACAAAAAUUGCACUAAAAAUAAAUGUACUACUUUUAGAUGCCUAAAAACCAAUAAAUAAUUAUGUAACAAGAAAUGCAAGUCCAACAAGUUUAUUGACAGCGAAACGCAAUAGUGCUAUGAGUAAUUAAAUGUAACGGUGGAAAAGCGAAACUGAAAACAAAAACCUUUUGUAAAUUUCAUUUAAAACCUGAAUAAACGUCAAUAUUUGAAAUUCAAAA